AUGAGGAUAGUGAAAUAUGAUAAUAAACCUUUUAAACCACCUCGUAUUGUCGGAAGGCCUGGUGGCUCCAUUCCCCGAGUUGGAAGGUCGCUAGCUAACACCUCUAAAACGAUGUUUCGUGCACCAGCAACCGAGAUAGCGGCCGGGACCAAGAGAUCUAUAGACGACGAGUCAAUGCCCCUCAAAUGUGCUGCGCUAAAUGUCAAAUACUAUACUAUGACAUAUCGUAAGCGUACGAUGAAGAAAAAUAAGACUUGGGACGGUGAUGGGUAUGCUAUAGAAAAGGGCAGUGAUACAUUGCGAUUCUAUACAGAGAACGGGCGUCUCUUAGGCAGUUAUUUACUGAAAUCAAGGGAGAGCAUGUACGAUGAUAUUUUCUCGUGUAGUGGCUGGGAAUUUCAGCUAGACUAUGAGGUUUCGAGCUCAAAGGAAGUAGAAGAUAUCACAAAGGCUUUAGGGCUGAACAAAAGCGAGGAUAUAGUAAAUCAAUCUCCAUCUGAAAGUCAAAUCAAACCACCGCGCAUUCCUAUCUCUAAAAUGCUUCUCCGUAAAGAGCCUCUGAAGUUUAAAUCUGUCGUCAAAAAAAGACCAGCGGAGCAAACGGCUCAAGAAAGCUCGCUCAAUAAGAAGAAACUUCAGUUCUCGCCAGUUUUUGAUGAAUCAAAAAUCGAAAGCCCAUUAAUUAUGAAUAAAUCUGCCAACGCAGAAGUUGAUGUCGUUUUGGACCCUAUCUUGGGAAAAAAUCUAAGAGCACAUCAACGUUUGGGACUAAAAUUCAUGUACGAUUGCGUCAUGGGCCUUUCAAGGACAGGAUCAUUGGAGAAUGAAGACACUAUUUCUUAUACACUUCCAGAAACCAACGAAAUUCAAGGAUGUUUAUUAGCAGAUGAGAUGGGACUAGGUAAGACGUUGAUGACCAUUGCAUUGAUUUGGACUUUACUGAGGCAGACGCCAUAUCCUUCGAGAGGAGAGUAUUCGCAAUCAGGUGUUACACUUCAAGGGGUCUGCUCUAAAAUACUCAUUGUCUGUCCGGUAACAUUGAUUGGUAAUUGGAAAAAAGAAUUUGCUAAGUGGCUUAAUUUGAAUAGAAUCGGCGUUCUCACCUUAAGUACUAAAAAUUCCCCCGAGAAAGAUAGGUCAGAUGUUCGCAAUUUUUUACGAGUUCAGAGAACCUAUCAAGUUUUGAUCCUAGGAUAUGAGAAAUUACUCAGUUUGUCAAAAGAGCUUGAGGAAAAUAAAGACAAAAUUGGACUUCUUGUGUGCGACGAGGGGCAUCGCCUAAAGAACAGUCAAUCAAAAAUUUUGAACAUUCUGACAUCCUUAGACAUAACUCGGAAAGUCCUCUUGUCAGGAACUCCCAUUCAGAACGAUCUGAACGAGUUUUACACUAUUGUCAAUUUUUUGAACCCUGGCAUAUUGGGUACAAUUUCUCAGUUUAAAAAGGAAUACAUCAAUCCUAUCUCUAGGGCAAGAGAUGUGAACAAUAGAAUAAAUCCGGCAAUUUUAUCUCAAGGCGAGGAAAAAUCCAAGGAGUUGAUAGAAUAUACAAAACGUUUUAUUCUUCGCAGAACGAGUGCGAUUUUAGCGAAGUAUCUCCCGCCUAAAACUGAUAUUAUACUUUUCUGUAAGCCCACUGAUGCUCAGAUAAAAGCAUUUCAGAAAAUUUUGUCGGAAGGACAUCUGAAUUUUGACCAAAUGUCAUUUAAUUCGUCUCUUGGGCUCAUCACAUUGUUCAAGAAAAUCUGCAAUUCUCCGUCUUUAAUAUAUGAUGAUACUUACUAUAAGUCCAAGCUUCAGCAGAAUACCUCACUUCCCAAUACCAUGAAUUUAAAUUCAGGGAAGUUAAGGGUACUUAUGAUCUUACUGUCAGAAAUUCGCCAGAGCACUGAUGGAGAAAAAGUAGUGGUAGUUUCUAACUAUACACAAACACUGGAUAUUAUCGAAAACUUCAUGCAAAGUGAUGGAUACACGUAUGUCAGAUUAGAUGGAAACACACCUAACAAACAGCGUGAUAGCAUUGUUAGCGCGUUUAACAGAAAUCAUAAGAUAUUCGGGUUUUUACUCAGUGCAAAGUCUGGUGGUGUAGGGUUAAAUCUCAUUGGUGCGUCACGAUUGAUUUUGUUCGAUAACGAUUGGAAUCCAUCUGUGGAUUUGCAAGCCAUGUCAAGGAUACAUAGGGAUGGCCAAAAAAGACCAUGCUACAUAUAUCGACUAAUUACGACAGGAUGUAUCGACGAGAAAAUCUUCCAAAGGCAGCUAAUGAAAACGAGCUUGAGCAAGAAAUUUCUAGAUGAUGCUGAAGAUACCAAUAAUGGUCGGUCAAAUGAUGAUUUAUUUGACAAAGGCGAUUUAAAAGAUUUGUUCUCUGUUCAUGCUAACACUGUGAGUAAUACUCACGAAUUGAUCUGCACCUGCAGCGGGCUUGGUGAGCGACAGGAGGCACAAAAGUUAGGCCCAAAAUCUGAAUUAUCCAAUAGUUUUGAAGACAUAACGAGUGGAGGGUGGACCAAUGCUCUUGAACUAAGAAAAACUCUUGAUAAUUCACAAGCUGAUUUACAGGAAGAGAAAUCUGACCUCAUAAGGAAUUGUCUAGUCGGAUAUCGUCAUAUUCAUCCCAAGAAGCUAAGAGAGAUUUCAGAUCAGGUGACUAAUAACCUCUUUCAAAACCUAGAUGAUGAGAUUACUUUUGCAUUUUUUAAUGGUGAUUAG